AUGGCAACCCCAGUUCUUCUCUGUUUCUUCAUCUUAUUCUCGGGGACUCUUUCUUCAUCAUCAACUCACCCAAAAAACUUCACCGUCGAGCUGAUCCACCGUGACUCUCCCCUUUCUCCACUCUACAACCCACUAAACACUGUCACUGACCGCCUCAAUGCUGCUUUCUUGCGCUCCAUCUCUCGUUCCCGCCGCUUCAAUAACCAGUUAUCUCAAACCGAUCUCCAAUCUGGUUUAAUCGGAGCAGACGGAGAGUUCUUCAUGAGUAUCGCCAUCGGUACUCCACCAAUGAAGGUCCUAGCCAUCGCUGACACAGGAAGUGACCUUACCUGGAUCCAGUGCAAGCCCUGUCAACAAUGUUACAAAGAAAACGGUCCAAUCUUCGACAAGAAGAAAUCAUCUACUUACAAGAGUGAGGCUUGUGACUCACGUAACUGUCACGCCUUAUCAACAAGCGAACGCGGAUGCGACGAACCCAACAGUAUCUGCAAGUACCGUUACUCAUACGGAGACCAGUCAUUCAGCAAAGGAGACGUUGCCACAGAAACUAUAUCUAUUGACUCUGCUUCAGGGUCCCCUGUUUCUUUCCCCGGUACUGUUUUUGGCUGCGGUUACAAUAACGGUGGUACCUUCGACGAGACUGGUUCUGGGAUCAUCGGUCUUGGUGGAGGUCACUUAUCACUAAUCUCCCAGCUCAGCUCGUCUAUUUCGAAUAAAUUCUCUUAUUGCUUAUCACACAAGUCAUCUACCACGAAUGGCACAAGCGUCAUAAACCUAGGCGCCAACUCGAUCCCUUCAAGUCCAAGCAAAGACUCGGGCGUGGUAUCAACUCCGUUGGUCGAUAAAGAGCCUCUUACUUACUACUACUUGACGCUCGAAGCCAUCUCCGUCGGGAAGAAAAAGAUUCCCUACACCGGAAGCGCGUACAACCCAAACGACGGCGGAAUAUUCUCGGAAACGUCAGGAAACAUCAUCAUCGACUCUGGAACGACGCUGACUCUCCUAGACUCUGGUUUCUUUGACAAAUUUGGCGCUGCCGUGGAGGAAUCAGUGACCGGGGCUAAGCGUGUGAGUGAUCCACAGGGGCUUUUAUCACACUGUUUCAAAUCCGGAAGCGCAGAGAUCGGAUUGCCGGAGAUAACGGUGCACUUCACCGGAGCCGACGUGAGGCUGAGUCCGAUCAACGCAUUCUUGAGAAUGAGUGAAGACAUGGUUUGUCUUAGCAUGAUUCCGACCACCGACGUUGCCAUCUACGGGAACUUUGCUCAGAUGGAUUUUCUAAUUGGGUAUGACUUGGAGGCGAGGACGGUCUCGUUUCAACGCAUGGACUGCUCUACCAAUUUCUGA